ACUUAAAAAAACAACAACACAAAAGAAAAAGAAAAAUUACCAUACCAUACUGUACCAUUAUGGUCUAUUGACAGACAACUGAUUUUUAGUUGUUUCAUAAAAUUUUAAUUGUUUACAAUAUAAAUCGUCACAAGUAUAAUAUUCCUGAUAGUUUACCUUACAUUUAAAUUUUAUCAUACUUAAAAAGACUUGCUAUAUAUCAUCCAAUAUGACGGAAGUUAUGGCUGCAGAAGAAGUAAAACAAAAUCGUAUUAAAGAUAUUCUCAAUGGUUUUCAAGUAAAUUGGAUGAAUUUGCGAGAUGCAGAUACAGGUAAAAUACUAUGGCAACAUAAUGAAGACAUGUCUAAUCCUCAUGUGGAACAUGAGGCACGAGUUCCAAAGCGCAUACUGAAGUGCCGUGUUGUCUCCCGGGAAAUGAACUUCAGUUCUAUUGAAUCUAUGGAUAAGUUCCGGCUAGAACAGAAAGUAUUAUUUAAAGGCCGUUGUCUAGAAGAGUGGUUUUUUGAGUUUGGCUUUGUAAUCCAAAAUUCUACAAAUACGUGGCAAUCUGUUAUUGAAUCUGCACCAGAGUCUCAAAUGAUGCCCGCUAAUGUACUGAAUGGCAAUGUUAUAAUAGAAACAAAAUUUUUUGAUGGUGAUUUGUUGAUCACUACAUCACGAGUGAGACUCUUCUACGUCUAAGGUAUCUGCACAGGAGCGACGCAUUUCCUAGUCAUUUGCUUUUAAUGCAUUUCUACACACUUAAUAUGUGACAAGUUUAAUUUACUUUAGAGAUAUUGUUAUUUUGUUAAAAAAAUAUCCACAAAGUCCGUCUACCAAUGAUACUGGUAUUUUAAGACGUAUAAUUUCAAUAUAUAAUUAUUGCCAUGUACUGUAUCUAAUUAUUAAUUUUAUACGAAAUUUUUAUUGUAUAAAUUGUAACUUAAGUAAAUAGUUUAGAUUUAUUUGUGUUCCUUUGCCCCUAAAUAUAUGAUUUCAUUCUUAUGUUUCCCUAACAAUAAUUACACAAAAGUUUGUACUUUUUGUCUAGCUUCAAUACCACUUCUAGUAUAAGUAUUUAAAAGAAUGUGUGCACAUCUCCGAUGAAUUAUA